AUGUGUGAAGGUCGUGUGACACAUCUACAACUGUCGUUCAACCGACAUCAGGGUACCUACCUACAAUACGGUACCUACUAUGCAUGCACGUCCAAUAUCUAG